AUGCAGCAGCAACUCCAUUCCUCAUGCAAAAAGUAUAGCAAUGGAUUUCCCAUUCCUUUCUUAGGCCUCUCCCUUGCGCUUUUGCUCUUCGCCUUUCUCCAACCCACAAGCUCCUGCACGGAGCAGGAGAAGAGCUGCCUCCUCCAGUUCCUUGCUGGGCUUUCACAGGAUGGCGGCCUCGCCUUGUCAUGGCAGAACGGCACACAUUGCUGCACAUGGGAAGGGGUUGCCUGCGGCGCAAAUGGGACAGUCACCGACGUCUCCCUCACUUCAAAGGGCCUUGAGGGGCACAUUUCAGCAUCCCUGGGCGAGCUCACUGGCCUGCUGCGCAUCAACCUGUCCCACAACAUGCUGUCUGGUGGCCUGCCGCUGGAACUGAUGUCGUCCAACAGCAUCGUCGUUCUUGAUGUCAGCUUCAACCGCCUCAAUGGAGACCUCCGUCAGCUGCCAUCUUCAACCCCAGGCCGGCCUCUGCAGGUAUUCAACAUAUCGAGUAACUUGUUUACAGGACAGUUUCCAUCUAAGACAUGGGAGGUGAUGAACAGUCUGGUCGCACUUAAUGCCAGCAACAACAGCUUUACUGGACAGAUACCGAGUCAUUUCUGCAGCAGCUCACCAGCCUUAACUGUGAUUGCACUCUGUUACAACCAACUCAGUGGCAGCAUCCCUCCUGAGCUUGGUAAUUGCUCCAUGCUCAAAGUGCUCAAGGCCGGCCACAACAACCUCACUGGGCCACUCCCAGGUGAACUCUUCAGCGCUACAUCGUUAGAGUACCUCUCUUUUCCCAACAAUGGUUUGCAAGGAAUACUUGAUGGUGCACGCAUAGUCAACCUCAGAAAUCUGGCUAACCUUGAUCUUGGAGGCAACAAGCUAAAUGGUAACAUCCCAGACUCUAUAGGUCAGCUCAAGAGACUAGAGGAGCUCCAUUUGGACCACAACAGCAUGUCUGGGGAGCUGCCAUCAACUCUAAGCAAUUGCACAAAUCUCAUAACUAUUGACCUCAAGGGCAACAACUUCAGCGGAGAGCUUCAGAAGGUCAACUUCUUCAACCUGCCCAAUCUAAAAACAUUAGAUCUUCUGUACAACAACUUCGCCGGCACAAUUCCAGAAAGCAUCUACUCAUGCGGCAACCUGAUUGCAUUGCGGCUAUCUAGUAACAACUUACAUGGGCAGCUUUCACCGAGAAUAGGCAAUUUGAAGUCUCUUACUUUCCUGUCACUUGCUUCCAACAAUUUUACAAAUAUCACAAAUACGCUUCAGAUCCUCAAGAAUUGUAGGAAUCUCACCUCCCUACUUAUUGGGACCAACUUCAAGGGUGAGGCCAUGCCACAAGAUGAAACAAUUGAUGGUUUUGAGAAUCUUCAGGUUCUUGUCAUAUCCAAUUGCUCAUUGUCCGGAAAAAUACCUCUUUGGAUAUCAAAACUCAAAAACUUGCAGAUUUCUUGCACCGAGCAGGAGAACGGGUCCCUCCUCCAGUUCCUCGCAGGGCUCUCGCAGGAUGGUGGCCUCACCAAGUCAUGGCAGAAUGGCACCGACUGCUGCACAUGGGAAGGGAUCAGCUGCAGUCCGGACAGGACGGUCACUGAUGUCUUCUUGGCUUCCAGGAGCCUUCAGGGAUUCAUCUCACCAUUCCUUGGCAAUCUCACUGGCCUGUUGCGCCUCAAUCUAUCCUACAAUUUUCUGUCCGGCGGCCUACCGCUGGAAUUGGUGUCGUCCAGGAGCAUCAUCGUCCUUGACGUCAGCUUCAACCAACUCAGCGGAGAACUGCAAGAUCUGCCAUCGUCAACCCCUGUCCGGUCUCUUCAGGUACUGAACAUCUCAAGCAACUUAUUUACAGGGCGCUUUCCAUCCACCACAUGGGAGACGAUGAAGAGUCUGGCAGCGCUCAACGCUAGCAACAACAGCUUUAUCGGGCAGAUACCGACUGCGUUCUGUGUCAGCGCGCCAUCCUUUUCAGUGCUUGAACUCAGCUACAACCAGUUCAGUGGAAGCAUCUCUCCAGGGCUCGGUAAUUGCUCCAUGCUGACAUCUCUCAGUGCUGGGCACAACAACCUAAGUGGGGAUCUUCCAGAUGAGCUUUUCAAGAUUACUUUGUUGGGGCACCUCUCCUUUCCUAAUAAUCGGUUGGGAGGAUCACUCGGCGGCAUCAGCAAGCUAACAAAUCUGGUCACCCUUGAUCUUGGAGGGAAUUGGUUACGUGGCAACAUCCCAGAUUCUAUAGGCCAGCUCAAGAGAUUGGAGGAGAUUCAUUUGGACCACAACAACAUGUCCGGGGAGCUCCCAUCAACUUUGAGCAAUUGCAUAAGCCUUGUAACCAUUGACCUUAAGAACAACACGUUCAGUGGAGAGCUCACCAGUUUCAACUUCUCCACACUGACAAAUCUAAAAACUUUAGAUCUUGCGUGGAACAACUUCACAGGAACAAUUCCAGAAGGCAUCUAUACAUGCAGCAAGCUAACUGCGCUGCGGCUAUCCAAAAAUAGGUUCCAUGGCCGGUUGUCAGAAAGAAUCAGCAAUCUGAAGUCCCUCUCGUUCCUAUCACUUGUUGACAACUCCAUUACAAAUAUCACAAGUGCACUUCAGAUCCUUAGGAGUUGCAGGAACCUGACCACCUUGCUAAUUGGGCACAACUUCAUGCACGAGACCAUGCCAGAGGAUUAUAGAAUUGAUGGUUUUGAGAAUCUUCAGGUUUUGUCCAUAAAUGACUGUUCCUUGUCUGGAAAGAUACCUCUUUGGUUACUGAAGCUCACAAAUUUGGAACUGCUAUUUUUGUAUAACAAUCAGCUAACCGGAUCAAUACCUGACUGGAUGAGCAGCCUAAGCUUCCUCUUUUAUAUAGACAUAUCAAACAACAGCCUUACAGGGGAAAUUCCAACAGCCUUAAUGGAGAUGCCAAUGCUAAAAACAGACAAGGUUGCACCAAAUGUCUUUGAGCUCCCUGUUUAUACAACUCCAUCGCUUCAAUACCGCAUGCCCAGUGCUUUUCCUAAAGUUUUGAAUAUAGGCAACAAUAACCUCACUGGUGUGAUCCCUAAGCAGAUUGGUCAAUUGAAAGCACUCAUUUCACUCAAUUUGAGCUUCAACAGAUUAUCUGGAGAGAUCCCGCAACCAAUCUGCAACCUCACAAACCUGCAGCAGCUCGACUUGUCAAGCAAUGAUCUCACUGGUAUGAUUCCAGAUGCACUGAAUGAUCUGCACUUCCUUUCUCGAUUCAAUGUUUCCAAUAAUGACCUCGAAGGGCCUAUUCCAACAGUAGGACAGCUUAGCACGUUUCCAAACUCUAGUUUUAGUGGUAACCCGAAAUUGUGUGGUUCCGUGCUUGUAAAUCAUUGCGGUUCAGCUAAAACAGCAUUGGUCUCCAAGAAACGACACAACAAAAGGAUCAUCUUUGUGAUUGCAUUUGGUGUAUUUUUUGGAGGGAUCGCGAUCCUGUUCUUGCUAGCUCGCCUCCUUUUCUUCCUCAGGAGUACAAAUGUCAUUACUAGAAACAGAAGCAACAGCAAGUAUGUCAUAGAAGCAAUGUCGUCCAACUUCAAUUCAGAGCAAUCCUUGGUGAUGGUUCCACGAGGUAAGGGAGAACAAAAUAAGCUCAAAUUCACUGAUAUUGUGAAGGCUACAGAUAACUUUGACAAGGAGAAUAUCAUAGGCUGUGGAGGUUACGGGCUAGUCUACAAGGCUGAGCUACCUGAUGGCUCCAAGGUUGCCAUCAAGAAGCUUAAUAGUGAAAUGUGCCUGAUGGAUAAGGAAUUCAGUGCAGAAGUUGAUGCACUCUCCAUGGCGCAGCAUGACAAUCUUGUGCCACUCUGGGGUUACUGCAUCCAGGGAAACUCAAGGUUCCUCAUAUAUUCCUACAUGGAGAAUGGCAGCCUGGACGAUUGGCUUCACAACAGGGACGACGAUGCCGGCACAUUGCUUGACUGGCCGAGGAGGCUAAAGAUCGCACAAGGAGCAAGCCGGGGUCUGUCACAUAUUCAUGAUGUCUGCAAGCCUCCUAUUGUUCACCGUGACAUCAAGUCCAGCAACAUCCUACUGGACAAAGAGUUCAAAGCCUACAUCGCAGAUUUUGGGCUGUCCAGAUUGAUCCUUCCCAACAAAACUCAUGUCACGACAGAGUUGGUUGGCACUCUCGGUUACAUCCCCCCUGAAUACGGGCAAGGGUCGGUGGCUACUCUGAGAGGUGAUAUGUACAGUUUCGGAGUAGUUCUGCUUGAGCUGCUCACAGGCAGGCGGCCUGUUCUAAUCUUGUCAACGUCAAAGGAACUCAUCCAGUGGGUACAGGAGAUGAGAUCCGAAGGAAAGCAGAUUGAAGUCCUGGAUCCAGCACUCCGGGGCACAGGGUAUGAAGAGCAAAUGCUGAAGGUGCUUGAAACUGCUUGCCAGUGUGUCAACCAUAAUCGUAGCAUGAGGCCAACAAUACAGGAAGUUGUCUCUUGCCUGGACAGCGUAGAUGCCAACCUGAAGAUGCAAAAUUCAGUCAAGAUAGAACAGUGUAUAUGAUAAAUUGUACUUCCGUGCACAGAAAAGCUAUGUAGUUUCACAAGAACUACUUCUA